AUGUCUUCUCCUCCCCCGAAUCCUGAUUCAAGACCUCUUCCGAGAGGUUGGGUCGCGCAAUAUAACUGGGACUACAAAUCAUGGUUUUAUGUGAAUGAGAUGGAACGACCUCCUCGAUCGUCUUGGGAACAUCCCCUUGGCCCACCCCAAUAUACCCCUCCCCCCGGACCUCCCAAUCGUGACUUCAGCCGCUCUCCUUAUCAAGACAGCUACAACCAGGCUCCCGCUCCAGGUAGCUAUGCGCCCUCUUACGGUGGCUACGGAGGUGGGUACGGCGGCAAUGCGCCUCCUGGUGGGUAUGGCGGUUACCAGAGCUACCCACCUGCGGAAAACACUGGCAGAGGCUUCUUUGGCAGGACGUCUUCUCAGCCACAACAGCCUGUUUAUGCGCAGCAGCAGGCUGCUCCCCGGAAGAGCGGGCCGGGGAUGGGCACUGCUCUGCUGGCCGGCGGUGCGGGUCUAGUAGGCGGUGCUCUCCUCAUGGACGCCUUCGAGGAUCAUGAAGAUAAUGUAAGAGAUCAAGCCUAUGACCAAGACAUCGCUAAACAUCCAGCAGGAUACGACAAUGGUUACGACAAUGGCGACAAUGGUGGUGAUUUCGGUGGUGAUUGUGGAGGAGGAGACUGGUAA